AUGUUUAAUGAGGCUGCAGUUCGAAAUAAUUUUUAUGUAUUAGAACAAAGCAGAACUUGUCAAUCGGCCGUUUCUGGAAUAGCCAGUGGAAUUCUUGGCCUUACCGGAAUUAUGGGAUUUGUCUUUUAUUUUGUUUGUGUCCUCAUUCAGGCUCUUAUUUGGGACUAUAAGGCUGGUUUUCAAUGGACCUCAUUUUUCACAAAACGAUCACUUUUGUUUGGACAUUCUUUGAUCGGCGGACUUUUCACUUAUGUGCUCUUUUGGGUUUUUGUUUAUGGAUUAGUCCAUGUUUAUUGA